AUGAAGCUUAUGCUAUCAGACCUGGCAGACAACUUCCAAACCACUAUGAAAAAACAAGUACAAGGCCUGGCAGUAGAACUGAGAAAAGACAUAGCUGAAAUAGGGCAGUGCACAACCCACGUGGAACAGAGGCUGAAUGAGUGCGCAGAUGCCCACAACGGCCUCACCGAAAAAGUGCAGGAAUAUGAAAUUACCAUGCACUCUCUCAAAACGAAAAUAGCAGACCUCGAGGACCGGUCACGGAGAAACAAUAUCCGGAUUAGAGGCAUACUCGAAACUGUACUUCCAACAGGCCUCAACGACUACCUCCAAGACAUGUUCCAGGCACUCACCCCGGCUAUACACCCAGACCAGCUCGUUGUAGAUAGGGUGCACCGCCUCAGACGACCACAACACCUCCCGGCAACGGCAGAGAGAGAUGUCAUAGCUCGCAUCCAUUUCUUCCAUGCCAAAGAACUGAUAAUGAAAGCGAGCAGAACAGCAGAAAUGCCGGACCCGUAUGGAAAUCUAUCAGCAGAAACCCUACAAUACAGGAAGAACUUAGCACAGAUCACCACCACUCUCUGA